GAAUUCGCGGCGCAACAACAAAUCGACGAAUUCGUUGCGCACCUCCGAAAUCGCUGAAGAGUUUUUACCUCCUCCCUCUCGAAUUCCAAUAGCGAAAUGGCAGGAAAUAAUGGAAGACGAACACGUCAGCCAUAUCGUCGGAUUAUUCGCGAGGAAAUCGUCCGGUCGGCUGCGGACGCGAUUUGCGAAGAUUAUUUUCGGAAAGCAGUCUACGGUUUUGUUGUCAAUUGUUCCUACGAGGCUUGGAUGCGCGCGUUUCAGUGGGCGCAUUUGGAGUAUGAUAAUCGGGGAAUGUUCGACGGAUGUCCCAUUCCGGAUGAGGCACCGCCACUAGUCGUUAAGCAUCCCCGAUUACGUCGAGGUGUCCCGACGGUGUACGGACGACUCGAGAAAUUGAUCGCGAGUCAAAAAUCGUCGAAUCAGCACAAAGCGAGCUGUGCAAAAAGUGCAUUGCACGGAAAGAACGGACGAUUAAGUAAAAAGAUCCGUAAUUAGAGUAAUUACGCGGUUUGAUUAAAGGAAAGCCUACAACUUUCGAUCGCAAAUGACGUAUGUAUGUAUUCUGUAUGUAUAUAUGUACGAAAUAAUUACUUUUUAAGAUGAGACGAGAUAUACCAAAUUAUUAAAUAUAAAUUCAAAGCAGCAGAGAAAAUUGCUCUUUCGUAUAAUUAACACGAAAUUAUCAUUUGUGCACCAGUUAAUGAGACAAAAGUAAAAAAUAACGGAAAUGAGUAUUCCAAGUUCAAUGCUCUAGAGUUGUGCACAGAUAUACGUAUCAAUAAAAUCAUAAUAGUUGUAUUUAAAAAAA